AUGAUUGUAGGUUUCGAAGCUGAUCGAAAGUACGGAUUAUCAUCGUUUUGGUGCAACGCUUUACCGUAUAUGGCCGCCGUUCUGCCUUCAAUAUUUCACACAACAGCAAUAUGGCUAACGGUUUAUCUAGCCAUACAACGAUAUAUUUAUAUUUGCGUUCCAACGCUAGUGCGACGAUUCUGUACAAUCUAUCGUAGUAAGCAGGUAAUUUUCGUUAUUUGCAUAGCGUCAGUGCUCAUGUACAUUCCCGAUGUGCUUGCGUUUGAGAAUGAAUCUUUUGAUGUUAUGGACUACAAGAAAAAUGCCACAAGACGUAUGUGUUAUCGCCGUCAGACUUGGCUUCCGAAAGCGAUAGGACUGGAUUUGUUCUAUAAUCUGACAUUUUGUGCUCAAACAGUAUUUGUGCACCUGAUUCCAUGCGCUAUGCUCGUGGUUUUCACAUGGAAACUCGUCCGAGCGAUUCAAAUAGCCGACAAGCGGCAUGCCACUCUGCUCAACAAGUCGACUCGCCGGAAGUUCUCUGAGCCAGCUUCUUGCGAAUCUUCGGACCCGGACAGAAAUUGUUCAAAGCUUUUGAGACCUCGUGAAAGUGUGAGCGAGCCAAGACGGGGCCAGGGACUGAAGCAGAACACCCGAAUGCUAAUCGUAGUCAUCGUGCUAUUUUUGGUAACGGAGAUUCCAGCUGCCUUGAUUUUCAUCAGCCAUGUACUGUCAGUGUCUUUGAAGUCCUAUGUGAUCAAUUACCAACUUCUCAACGUUCUUCUUAUUGUGAGAAACGUCCUCAUCGUGAUUUCUUACCCGUUUCGAUUUGCGAUAUACUGUGGGAUGUCGCAGCAGUUUCGCGAUGUGGUACGACAGAUGUUCACUGGUAAAUUACUUCCGAGAGUCGUCCACGAAAAGGAUAAUUCCACAACGAUGGCAUUGGUUCAAACCAUCACCGAGCGUGAAAGUGACGAAAAGCGGCCAAAAUUAAAUUCAUCAGUGAUCAUCUGCUCAAACGGUUUGAUGUCAGCGCUGCCUGGUUUCCAGAUUGGGAACCUUGUGAAAGUUAGUGAAAAGGGAGUCCAGUGCGGAACUCCGUGUGUAGCCACGACGUCCCCAAGCAAUGACUACUCGAAAGGGAUCGGCAGCGAUAUCGACACUCGUGAACAUCAUCACCACAAAACCGCAAGUGACUGGCUAGGUAUUGGAUUCGCUGAAAAUUUCACAUUUGCGUUGUACUCAAGUCUAAUGAUUUCUGAGAAAGUGUUGCUGCUUUGGAUGCGAAUUGGUUCACGAGACUUACGAAAUCCAGGGAGUUUUCACAAGUUCUACGUUUGUCGAAAGCAUGACAGGCGUAGCAGCAGACGUUACUUCUACGAUUCUCGUUCUUUCUGGAGAGGAGGGAGUCGAUGUUACUGCUUUGCGUUCCACAAAAACAAGAGGAACUGCAAAACAUACAAAUGUAUACAAUGCUGCAAAGACGGACACUUUACGCAAAUCGACGUGGUGGGGGACGUGUUUCAAGAAGACCCAUGCCGCAUCCCGCAUCGUUGUCUGCCGAAAAAAAUAAAGACAAAUUCACUCGAGCGCUUUCUUUACCAAAAGCUACAAAACAUCAGAUCGGACCCCGCGUAUGCAGAUACACCAGUAAGGAGGUUAUGGCAGGAUAUGCUAGACGUCGUCCCCCUUAUGGAGAAUUUGAGUAUGGAGGAGGUGGAAGAACUCAUGGAUGAAUUUCACAAAGGUGGUUACGCAGCACGAAGACGAACUAUCGCUAAAGCACUGCAGAGACAUGACAUGCCCAGGGCCACAUUGGAGGAUCUACCCAACGACUUGAAAAACUUGCCGGACGGGUCGCUCUUCUUGCAACAUAGCCAGCCGGGACUGUACAUGUUUUAUUCAAGAAGCACAUUAGAGAAGGCUGUGAACAACGGUCUAAUUGCCAUUGUAGCAGAUGGCAUACAUAACCUCCCACCCUGCGAGCUAGGAAAAGAUGCACAACUUUACACAGUUCACGGUGUAUGUAACGCCGGAGUAGAUGUGCCGCUUGUUCAUGUGUUGAUGAGAAGGAAAACUCAGUCUUUCUACGAGAAGGUAUUCGGCAUUGUAAAAGAGGAGCUCCAGGACCUAAACGUCGAUCUGGCCCGUUUACGCAUAGUAAUUGACUUCGAGAGGGCAGCAUUAUCAGCGAUCAGAAAACAGUGCCCCAGUUCGCCUAUUGAGGGCUGUGCCUUUCAUUUGGCACAGUCCUGGAAUAGAAAGGCACAGUCCCUCGGGCUCAGAUCAGAGAUGAAGCAAAGAAGAGUCUCCAUUACCUUCAUAAGAAUUGGUACCGUGGCCCAUUUGCAAGUAUUUGGAAUAAAUGGGGGAAGGAAGAGAUCAGAACCAGCAACAUUGCCGAGUCAUAUCAUAGAGUCCUUCGACUACUCAUACGCGAAAACCAAGCACCAGUGCGGAAAACGCUACUAUGUCUAAGGGGCAGCAAUAAUAGAGCAAUGUGCACCUUGCGUAACCUUGAAAGAGGUGUCGUGCGAAGGCUACGAAGAAAAGACCAGCUGCGACGCGAUAAAAUAAACAGGCUGAUGCGCGAAUAUCGAGAACAGUUGCUUGCACCUUGUGUCUCCACAAGACUACUAACACAUUACUGCCAAAAAAUGGCUCGCUUCGUUUCUGACAAAGUUAUCUGAGUUUUGCUUUGUGCACAGCCAUUGUAAUCAAAUCACAAUUGCUAUGUAAAUUUGAUCAAAUAAAGUUAC